CAGCAGAUCUCGUACAAGGAAGGAAACCAUCACUACGUCGGAUUUCUUUCUUUGCAUGUAUCGAAAAAUGAUCGAAUACCUUCCAGAGAUGACAUACUGCGUGCAGUAGAUAAGCUCAAAGUCUUGGGAGGAGGGUUUGAGCUAGUGCCAUUGGGUGGUGGACGCUUCCUUGUACAGUCUGUUCCUGGUGAACUGAGCAUGGAUCAUUCUCGUGUUUUGCAACUUGCGGAAGAUGCGGCUUAUGUCACCAAGGAGCUGAUCAUAGAUAGACUGCGAUGGGACGAACCAAGGGCACAGGCCGUGCUCGACCACCUUGUCAAAGAAGGUUUGGCGUGGGUAGACGAACAAGCUACUGAUACCAUUCAGUACUGGGUACCAUCCUUAUUUCUACAGCAAUAUUGUCACUCGUCGAGUAGCACCAGCGUCUCGGAAAGUCUACAAAGCAUGAGUGCUUAUUAG